GUUGAACGGUAUGUUUACAGUAUACUGGCAGAACGAUAAGGAAAAAGGGGACUAUGAAAAAGUGCGACGAUUCCAUUCUUCCACAUGGUUCUCUUACUGCUCAGGCGAGCUGUGCAGACAGCGAUAUUAAACAUCUCAUAGGAACGUUACGGAGUUGUUUUCAGCAGCGAAGUGUUCUUGGUAUCACAGGGCGAGUUUUCAGUCGCACUGGAAGUUGAACGUUUGAGUGCAGAACGUUGACGUUUGAACUCGUUAUUUCGUGCGUUUUUUGGAAAAUAUCCGCACACCGGAGACUAAGUACACAGUGUCUCCAAAACGGACUGAUCAGACAGAGUACUGCGAAGAAAGAGAAAGGAGACCUGCAAAAACUUUUCCACAUUCGGUCUGUGUGGUUACAGAAACAUACAUAAACAGUGACUGAAACAAAACUCUGGUGACAGAACGAACAUUGGGCAACUUUUACGCACUUCACACCAUAACGACAUCAUUCUGAAUAGCACUUUUUAAUUUUUUUAUUUUGUUUCCUGUCUAACCGAGAGACAGAGAAGGAAAGGAUGGUACAGCACAUCAGCCACGCAGAGAGCACGGAUCCCUUCUCUCCCGGCGGCGACUCCACCGAUACCGGGGAAAUGGACUUGGACAUGGACCCGUCCCCGACUCCCGGGUCUCCGCUCUCAUCCAACGGAAGGGAGCGAGGCAACGUCGCCUGGUGUAAAACCCCCACAGGACACAUCAAGAGACCGAUGAACGCGUUUAUGGUGUGGUCUCAGAUCGAGAGGAGAAAGAUCAUGGAGCAGAGUCCGGACAUGCACAACGCAGAGAUCUCCAAGCGGCUGGGCAAGCGCUGGAAACUGCUCAAAGACAUGGACAAGAUCCCCUUCAUCCGGGAAGCAGAGCGGCUGAGGCUCAAGCACAUGGCCGACUACCCUGACUACAAGUACCGGCCGAGGAAGAAGGUUAAGACACCCAGUACCAAGACAGAGCGGGGAGAGAGAGGGGAGAAAGGAGCGGAUAGGAGCGGGGGCUCAAAAUCCCCCUUGAAAAAAAGCUCUGGAUCUAUGGGGGCCAGCAGAGCGCACAAGCAGGGACAGGGGAGCGCCAAGCUGGCUACCCAGGGUCCGGAGUGUGCGUCUUCCGCGGAUCACCACACACUCUACAAAUCCAGGUCAGUGACUAGCGCCCGACAGAUACCAGACAAGCAAACGAGGCGCGACCACGUGUUUGGCGGAGGAGGGAGCUUGGACAGCGGACCACCCUCUGUGGGAGUCCCGGGCAGUCCUGCCCUGAGCAGCUCGGCUGAGUCCAGUGACCCGAUGAGCCUGUACGAUGACCAGGUGACGGGGACUAGCAAAGCGACUAACGCUUCAUCAUCCUCAUCUUCAAAGGCCCGCCUCAGGUAUACACGUGCGUCCUCUCCAACCCCGUCCACCUCUCACUCCUCUGCCUCCUCCCUCUCUUCUUCCUCGGAUGAAGAGCAGGAGGAUGAGCGGUUCGAGCUACAGCCGAGCCCUGGGUUUAAGAGCAUGUCUCUGGGCAGCAUGGGCCCAUGUGUGUCGGAGCUGGACAGGGAUCUGGACUGGAGCUUCGGGGAGUGCGGGGCGGGAUCUCACUUUGACUUCCCCGACUACUGCACCCCAGAGGUCAGCGAGAUGAUCUCGGGAGACUGGCUGGAGUCCACCAUCUCCAACCUGGUCUUCACCUACUGAGCAGCUGAGAGGAG